ACCAGUACAUAAAAUGGCAGGUACGCAAGAGAGGAAAGUUGCAUUAAUCACUGGUGUAACCGGGCAGGAUGGGUCUUACUUAGCAGAAUUUUUAUUAGGAAAAGGAUAUGAAGUACACGGAAUAAUACGUAGAUCAAGUUCAUUUAACACUGGUAGAAUUCAACAUUUAUACAAAGACAGAACAGCACAUUUAGAAGGAAAUUUACAUUUACAUUAUGGCGAUGCUACUGAUUCUUCGUGUCUGUUGCAUGUAGUUAGUAAGUGUCAACCAACGGAGGUUUACCAUCUAGCUGCGCAGAGUCAUGUUAAGGUAUCAUUUGAUCUUGCAGAAUACACAGCAGAUGUUGAUGCUAUGGGUACCUUACGACUACUGGAAGCAAUCAAAAUUUGUAAAUUAAUUGGCAAAGUUAAAUUUUAUCAAGCAUCAACCAGUGAAAUGUAUGGGAAGGUAGCAGAAAUUCCACAAUCUGAAACUACGCCAUUUCAUCCACGUUCCCCUUAUGGUGUCGCAAAAUUGUACGGGUACUGGAUUGUUGUGAAUUAUAGGGAAGCUUAUGGAUUGUAUGGAUGCAAUGGAAUAUUGUUUAACCAUGAAAGUCCAAGAAGAGGAGAAACUUUUGUGACUCGGAAAAUUACUCGCGCCGUUGCCAAGAUCCACCUUAAACUGCAAGAAGAAUUAGUUCUUGGGAACAUCGAUUCGGUUCGUGAUUGGGGUCAUGCGAAGGACUACGUACAAGCCAUGUGGCUUAUGCUGCAACAGAAGGAGGCUGAUGACUAUGUAGUGGCCACUGGAGAAACACACACUGUUCGAGAAUUUGUUGAACACUCCUUCAAACAUGUCGGUGUCACCAUAAGAUGGGAAGGAAAAGGAGAAAAUGAGAUCGGUUAUGACGAUAAAACCAAUGUGGUACGAGUGAGAAUCAGUUCAAAAUAUUACAGACCUGCUGAGGUGGAUUAUUUGCAUGGCAAUCCGAAAAAGGCGGAAGAAAAACUUGGUUGGAAGAGAAAUGUAUCAUUUGAAGAGUUAGUUAAAGAAAUGAUGGACGCUGAUAUCUCACUGAUGAAGAAAAACCCUGAAGCGUAAAAUUUCAUAAACAUAAAACAUUUAAUAAUUAUGCCCAUAAUAUUAUCGUUCUGUUGAGGAGAAAUUUUGAAGGGGAAAAUUUUUUUCUUUCUUUCCAUGUUUUUAAAACCGUUCCACAAGUAAAAUUUACAAAAUGGUAGAACUGUGCUUACUUUCUUUUUAUUAAAACAAUUGUGUUAACUUAUUAUUUAUGUCGUGUUAUUAUACAAGCUAUAACUGAAUCUUUUUUUGUCAACUUAUUUCGUGAAUUAGUUUUUACAAGUAUUUUUGUAAUAUUUAUUAAUCCUUGAAGGUCAAAUAUUGUAAACAAUGAAAUAGACUUGAAGACGAUUUUUUUUCCACCACCAA